GAACUACGCCAGUCCUAUCAAGUGCGUGGUUUGAGGCAAGACCUCGCGGAGUGUGUGCUACCUUGUGAUAUAACGUUAUUUGUAGAAGACCGUUGUGGAUUAAAGCCUUGUGUUAUCCGUCUUAGUGAAGCCUCGACAUUGUCUGUUGAGGAGGGUUCAAUAUUUGCGCUUUUGGAUUAGAGAAAAUUCUGAGGCGGAUGUGCUGUAACCAUACUGAGGGUUUUUGUGCGUGCGAUACCACGACGGUCCACUGAGAAAUGCACAGUUAUGGCUGAGCAAUCCCGAAUAUGCCCGCGGACAGGCAGUCCAAUAGUGGGAUGUUGAGAAGUUUGCCUCCUCCCGAUCUACCGUCACAACAGGCUGUAGUUUCCCUCGGACAAGUUCGCCCCGGGCCCCGGGCACAGAAUGAGUAUGUGGACAGUCUGCGGCCUCACACCCUACCGGCAUUAAAACAUGCGCCGAUUACCACUGGGGGAGGGAGCAUUCACUCCCACCCCCAGGCCCCCUCCCAAAGGGGGCCAAGUACCCAGCCGGUGCGUAUCACCAGCAUUCGACCACCGCUGAACAGUAACGUGAUUUCGUCACAACCAAGUUCUGUGUCCCCUCCCUUGAAGAAGGAACCUAUAGAAACUGAUGGCGACAAUCACACAGAAUCAAUUAUUUGUAACAAAUGUGGAAAGUGCAGAUGUGGGGCGUGCACCGAACCACGGGACUUACCCUCUCGUUGGCUGUGUGGCGACAAGUGUGAAAUCAGUUUGGAGAAAGGGGUGGAUUUUUGUACUUGUUUUUGCUGCGUGAAAACAGUAUUCUACCACUGCGGCUCGCAGGACGAGGAGACAGGCCGGGCAUGUUAUGAGGAUCCGUGUGCGUGUUGUGGGGACGCACCUCACUGCAUAAAGCGAUGGACAUGUAUGACGGUGAUGUCCCUGUGCUUGCCCUGUUUGUGGUGCUACUGGCCGGCAAGAGGUUGCAUGAGGGGAUGUACAAUGUGUUAUAAUAAAUGUCGCAAAAAAGGAUGCCAGUGUUCGCGGAAAGUCGACAGAAAAGCCGCCUCGAAACACUCCCAGACGCGACGCCUGCUCGUCGAGUCUGACAGCUCCAGUGCCUAAUGUUGGGCACACACCUCCCGGGAUCUUGGACCAGGGCUAUUCAACCGGGAGGGGAAAACUCUUUUUUCUGGUGAUAAUGCGGGUUAUGUAAUUAAUCUUAACAGAAAGUUUAUACAAGUUUGUUGUGAAAUACGGAUAUAUGUUUACGCUUGUGCACGGAGAUAAGUCGAUAUUUUCCCAAUGAGGAUUUUGUUCACGGAGGAGUACAAGUGUAUAGGAGUUGAUAUUUUCUAGUGCAAGGCGAACCGGUUUGGAUUCUCAACAGUAUUUUCCUCGUAUGCCCACACCCUACGUAAUUUGGAUUAUUCUGAUCGUACAAGGAUCAAAAAGUUGUGUUUUUGUGGAGGAGGCACGCGAAGACGAAGGCCUUUUGGAAACAACCCUCUCUCACCCUCGAGGAACGGGUGCUUUGUGAUAAUCGGUGUGUGUACAAUGACCCUUUACCCCCAGGGUCCCAACUUUGUUAUAGGACCACAACACGGGAUGAUGAUGAUGAUGAUAACACCGUUUUGUGAAUUCAGUCGGUUUGUGAAUAUUUGUACCAACGGAGCAAAGGUAGACAUAUCUCCGUGUGUGUCUCAUCUAGAUGUAUGUACUACAAAUCUAGGAGAAAUUUUCAUUUAAAAAACAAAACAAUUUCUUUUUCGAAAUCGUCUCCUGGCGAUGGAAUUUCUGUGUUCAAAUAGACCGUGUCCUCACUGGGUCCUAGUGCUGUUAUUCAUCAGGUGUUGAUCCUAGCUCAUGCCCCUCACUGCCAUCGUAGUAUUUUAAAUUCUCAUGCCAUAGUUGUGCGUUCAUUUUGGAACAAAAUUUCUCAUUUUAAAACCAUUUUAGUACAAAAUCAAAUUAUAGAAUCGUAUACCACAUUCAUACGUUUACCAAGUUUGUGAUCUGUUUAGGCCUAAUAACGCCCAAUUUUAGCCCAAUUUUAUUUCGUCAAAUAUGUACAUAUACCAGUAUAUAUACUCCUUAAGUGAGGUAUUCACUGUUAUCUUGUUAUCUCCAAAUUUCGAAACUGUUAUGGUUAUGAACAAGACUGUUACCUGUCAACCUUGCCAUAGUGUUAGCCUAUGGCUGUUUGAUUAAUGAAAAGUCUAUAUCUGUUGGAAUCUAGGUCUUUUUAUCAUAUGUAUAAACUGUUUUGAUAUCCUCAAUGCCUAUAUUGUUGACAGAUAUAUUUAUUGUGGUUUGUUAACUUACCCCACUGAAAGUUGUAGCAUCAUAUGAAAGCGGAAGAACUUCUCAGUCUUAGAACAAAGCAAUAUUAAUGACCUUGGUUCAGUCCUUUAUACAUGAAUAUUCAUGAGGCUUUUAGAAGACAGCGUUUCAUGGUAAAUGUAACUUAUUUUCAAAUAGUUAUUCAGUUAAGAAAUCCAUUAAAGCAUAAAAUCUUCAUUUGAAUUUGACUAUGGUAUUAUCCAAAUCUUUAAUUUUCAUUGUUUAAAAUUAUACCAAAAGAAAAUUAUGAAGUUUUUUUUAUGAUCUAUUUCAAUAUAAAUAUGAAAUAUAACCUGUCGAUAUCUUUCAAUACAUCAAUAUUAUUUAACAGGUAUAUCGCCUUGCGUGUGAACACAGUCAAUUAUGAUGUAAUGAGGGUUCAAACCGCCACAUCUGGUUCUACAACUCUUGGGUUAUGAGUCAUGGGGAAGAUUAACUUUCUGAUAUGUGGUGUUUGUGUCAAUGUUCUCAAAAUAUUUUGUAUGAAUUAGGCUAUAUUUAUUUGUGAAGAGAAGUAACACUAAAUAUAUGAUAUAUGAGCGAAGAGGCACAGUGGAUUACAUAGAAGAUGGUUUCUGGGGACAGAUUCUAGUUCCUGUUCCAAGAGGCUGGUUGUACCAGGUACUGUGGUAUCUAUGUAGGUAGGAUUGUUACCAGGGUACGUACCAAGCAUUGUACACCAACAUGUUGUACAAAUUGAGCGAGAUGUGUAUAUAUAUACAUAUUAUAUAUAUACUAUAGCGGACGUAUAGAGUGUUGGAUGUAACUGAAGGUUCGCAGUUGUAUAUAAAGUCUUGUUGCCGUUUUAA